CAAAUUACAUCAAAUUCACUUGACAGCAACUUAGGCUCGGACUCGUUCUCAGAUAUUGGUCUCAAAAUUUUUCUCCCAGUUGGGUUGGUAUUGGUGAUAAGUUUCAUCGUGCUUUUACUGGUAUUAUCAUACCGAUACUACCGUAGGUACUACUUCCGCGGACAAAAUUGUUCACUUGUGAAAGCUAGUGAGGAUAAUCAAAUUCUGGACAAGUUGAAUGUUGUAAAUAGAAAUUCAUCUUACUUUGAAACCAAUGUAGGAGAAUAUGGCAAAAAGUGGAUCAACGGAAGCAUUUCAGUCGAUAAUUUAAGAUUGAUAGAAGUGAUUGGGGAAGGAGCGUUUGGUCAAGUCUAUAAAGGCGAGCUUAUUCAACCAGAUGUAAACGAAACUACAUUAGUAGCCGUUAAAGUGUUAAAAGAGGGCGUGUCACACGAGGCACGUGAUGACUUCGAGCGCGAGGUAGAAACCAUGAGUGCCUUUGAUCAUGAUAAUAUCCUUAAACUUCUGGGGACUGUGUCUACAGGGAACAACGACACCCCUUAUAUGGUGUUUGAAUACAUGAUGCACGGUGACCUGACAGAGAUGCUUAGGAAGAAUGAGCCAACUAUUACAACUACUGACACUUCUGUAAUGUUGCAAAAGACUGACCUUGUUGACAUUACGAUACAGAUUGCCAACGGUAUGAGAUAUCUGACGUCACAGCAUUUUGUUCAUCGUGAUCUUGCAACGCGUAACUGCCUCGUAGGUGAUGGUUUGAUUGUAAAGAUAAGCGAUUUUGGGAUGUCACGUGAUAUUUACACUUGUGAUUAUUAUAAGAUUGGGGGAUCAAGAAUGUUGCCGGUACGAUGGAUGUCACCAGAAGCUGUGAAAUGGGGACGAUUUACUACAGACUCUGAUAUAUGGGCAUUUGGUGUUGUUCUGUGGGAGAUCUUUAGCUACGGGCGACAACCCUACUAUGGACAUACAAACGAAGAGGUUAUUAGAUUUCUGGACGAUGGAAUUUUACUGCAGAGGCCCGAGGAAUGCUCAUCCAUAGUAUAUCACGUUAUGUUACAAUGUUGGAAAAUAAAUCCUAAAGAACGACUGGCAUUUGACAGAAUCCACAAAUAUUUGACCGAAUACAGCAAACAACUUCAAAACUCCUCAAAACCUGCAUCAUAUAAUGUGGUCAAUGAAUAUGAAAUUCCUCAAUAAGCACUUCAAAAUAACUUUGUUAUUUAAGAACUGUCGUGAUUGAUAAAGUGAUUGACAAUACAAACGAUGGACCUACUUUCCGUGUUUGAUUCGUAGCCAAGAUAGGAGUUGCAUUCAUUCUUUUUAGUUAUUAGUUAUUAACUACAAAAUUAUGGCGCUCA